ACGUUGAGCUGCAGGGCUCCGAACUUUGGAAACGAUUCUUCGAGAUCGGCACCGAGAUGAUCAUCACUAAAGCGGGACGGAGAAUGUUUCCAUCGGUGCGAGUCAAAGUGCGCAACCUGGACCCCCGCCAGCAGUAUUACAUCGCAAUGGACGUCAUGCCCGUGGACUCCAAACGUUACAGGUAUGUGUACCAUAGCUCCCAGUGGAUGGUGGCAGGAAACACGGACCACUCCUGCAUCUCGCCGAGGCUCUACGUGCACGCGGACUCGCCGUGCGCGGGAGAGACUUGGAUGCGCCAAGUCAUCAGUUUUGACCGCGUGAAACUCACCAACAAUGAGAUGGACGACAAGGGGCAUAUCAUUCUGCAGUCCAUGCAUAAGUACAAACCACGCGUGCACAUCAUAAAGCAUGACCCUCGGAUGGACUUGUCCCAGAUCCAGUCCCUGCCCGCUGAGGGAGUGUACAGCUUCUCAUUCCCAGAAACGGAGUUCACGACCGUCACAGCCUAUCAGAAUCAACAGAUCACAAAACUGAAAAUUGACAGAAACCCGUUUGCCAAGGGCUUCAGGGAUCCAGGAAGGAACAGGGGUGUGUUGGACGGUUUACUUGAGUCUUAUCCUUGGAGAUCUCCUCUCAGCUUGGACUUAAGGCCAUUUGCCAUACAGUUUCAAGGCAGGUUGGGAUCCUCAACCAGCACUGCUUCCCCGCUUAAAAGUCUCCUUCCCUUCUCGUCUUCUUCAUCGCUUCCUCCGUUCCCCACGCUCUCAUGCCAGGACGCUGCUCUUCACACCUUCACUCUGCCUUUUUACGGGAAAACCUCGACGAGCACCGCAUUGCCAAGUAGAGCCUUCUCCUCUCUGGGAGCAGACAGACUCCGAGGCCUGUCACCAGUACCUUCACUAACAGACCUCCCGCUCUUCUCUGUGAUUCAGGGGAAAAAAGCUCCCAACUGUCAGGAUCCAUGUCUUUCUCGGUCCCCGGGGAGCCCCCAUUGCUUGAUCCCGCUCCACAGGCCUCUAUGCGCUCAAGGGUCUGCUUCGUCUUUACUCCCUCAACUCUCAGACACCGCUGGCCCAUAUUGUCUAUAUCGCUACAGCUUCCCCCUGAACUCUCAACUCACUGCUAUUUCCCGGCACACUAAACUAUCUGAAGACAAGACAGGAGGCCGACUGCACCAAACUUCGUGGCACCUGGCCACCGACCACCUCCUCUAA